CAUUAUAUCUGAUUGUAAGACGUCCAGAUCGGUCGGGCGGAUAACAGUACUGCAACAAUCGAAACGGGUUCAAGUGCAUGUUUGUCGGGCGUCGACGUCGCUCCCCUGAAUAUAAACAAGAAACCGAAUGCAAGCGAAGCAAGUGCACGUGCCGCCGAGUGUGCCACCAUGCUAUUGAAACAAUAUGAUCAAGAUGCAAGGACCUACAAUCCAUAAGCUACAUUCUUAACAUACUUGGGAGCAGAAGGUAUCACGACAGGGGCCCACAGACAUUUUACUCAUAAAACAUUCAAAGCUACUGCAGCUUGUAGAGCAAUGUUGUUGGCAUUUCAAACGUUGGCAGGACAGAACUGCAUGUUGACGUGGUGUCGUGAUCACCGGCUGCAUCACCGCUACUCUGACACGGAUGCUGAUCCUCACAAUUCGAACCGAGGUUUCUUCUUUUCACACGUUGGCUGGCUCAUGAUGAAAAAACAUCCAUACGUAAAAGAGCUUGGCAGAGAAAUUGACAUCAGCGACUUGCAAAAUGAUUGGAUGGUCAUGUUUCAGAAAAAAUACUUCUAUCCAUUAUAUGCGUUGAUUGGGAUUGCUAUCCCUGUAUGGGUGCCCAUUCAAUUUUUCGGAGAAGUCUGGUGGAAAUCACUAUUAGUGUGCUAUUUCUUCCGCUACAUCCACUCUCUUAAUGGGACCUGGCUUGUCAAUAGCGCUGCACAUAUGUAUGGAACUAGACCUUAUGAUAAAAACCUCCAGCCCGUGGAGUCGUGGUUCGUAUCUCUAGUGACUUACGGAGAAGGAUGGCACAACUACCACCACGCGUUCCCAUGGGACUACAAAGCGGCUGAACUAACUGGAUUCCUCAAUCAUUCGGCAUCUUUCAUUAAAUUCCUCGAGAAGAUUGGACUAGCUUACGACCUAAAAACUGCAUCACCAGAAAUGGUAAAAAACAGGAUAGUAAGAACAGGUGAUGGCAGUCACUUUGAACUUGGCAACGACGUCUUGCGUUCUGCUGUGACAGCCAUUGGACCAGUGCAUCCUCUCAAUCCGACGUACACUAGCACUUUGGCAGCACCAAGAGACUUGCCAUUUAAACAUGAAAAUGAUGUCCAUAAUGUUAAAGCGACAAUAAGGCCAUCGCAUGCUGCUUAGUAAACUAGGGUUCGUUUUGCGCAAAUUCAUAUUGAAUUGGAUUGAUUGUCAUCUGCCAUUUUAGUUCAUAGUGGACUGCUGCAUGCAUAAUUCAUCCCGAUACUAGGCCUAUAUGCAACUCGGCUCGCCAUUUAGCCAGAAGUCGACACUAACACAUUAAAAUACUUACCUUUCGGUGUCACAAUGCUAUUUAGGUACAAGCAUCUUUCUUGAUGGAGAGAGAUCAAUAAGAGU